GUGUAAUUUCAAACAUUACAAAAUCAGCUAUAAAAAAGAAACCUUGUUAGGGUUUUACCGUUUUUCGUCUUCUUCUUCAAGCGGCUGUUCCUGAUUUCCUUUCGCUCUUCUCCAAGAAUCAGCCCUUUAUUCACGCAGAAUGGAAUCGCAAAUCAAGCAUGCUGUGGUUAUCAAGGUGAUCGGCAGGACGGGAUCUCGUGGGCAGGUGACUCAGGUGAGGGUGAAAUUCAUCGACGAUCAGAACCGUUUCAUCAUGAGAAACGUCAAGGGACCGGUCAGGGAGGGCGACAUCCUCACCUUGUUGGAAUCUGAGAGAGAGGCUAGGAGACUCCGUUGAUUUCUCUCCCUCUUUAAUUCCUAUCAAUUUCAAUUUUAUGUUGCCUUUUCAUAUGUAAAACUAGAGCUCAAAUGCAGAACUAAUUACUGUUUUUGUUUUUUUCAAUCCACAUUAUUUUUAUUA